AUGCAGUUGUUGAGAAUUAUUUCUCAGAAGUAUCGUUUGAUCUUAGUGAACAAGCUGCAAAGUCAGUGCCCCCAAAGUAAUCUGUCUCCUUCAUGGUUGUUCAAGGGCUUACUCUCAAUUUUGCGCAAGUUGAAAAGUGCACCAGACCAGGAGGUGAGAAUCCUUCUCCUGGGCUUGGAUAAUGCUGGCAAGACCACUCUUCUGAAGCAGCUUGCAUCUGAAGACAUCAGCCACAUCACACCUACACAGGGUUUCAACAUCAAAAGUGUACAAUCACAAGGUUUUAAGCUGAAUGUAUGGGACAUUGGUGGACAGAGGAAAAUCAGACCAUACUGGAGGAAUUAUUUUGAAAAUACCGAUAUUCUCAUAUAUGUAAUCGACAGUGCAGACAGAAAAAGAUUUGAAGAGACGGGUCAGGAACUAGCGGAAUUACUGGAGGAAGAAAAACUAAGUUGCGUGCCAGUGCUCAUCUUUGCUAAUAAGCAGGAUUUGCUCACGGCAGCCCCUGCCUCUGAAAUUGCAGAAGGACUGAACCUGCAUACCAUCCGCGACCGAGUCUGGCAGAUCCAGUCUUGCUCAGCUCUCACAGGAGAGGGCGUUCAGGUGAGAUUACAGGAAGACUUGGCCACCUGGCAACAUGACAGCUAACUGAGGUGGUCUAUCUCAUUUGUUAGGCUGAUCUUGAUGGGCAGAUGAGCCAUUUCAAGAUAUGAAAUGGAGAAGGGCAUGGAGAAGUUUGGUUCUUUUCUGCUUAGCAACCAAUCAGAUAUGAUGAGGUGCUCCAAAAGAGCCACAGGUAAGCUGCCGCACACGUGCAGCAAGCUUCCCACUGGGUAGGAUGUGAGAACAGAAGACUGAAGAUUGUUCUAAGUCUAGGAUUCUUUGAUGAUAGAUUGGAUUGGGGUUUUGCGUUAUGUCUGAUAUUACAAAUGCUAAAUGCCCAUACUUCCAAGGUGAUGGCCACCAAAAACUGUACAUGUACUAGUUAUCCUAGAAAUGUUUUUUGUUUCUUCUGUUGGUUAGCUCCGCUGCCCCUAGGGUUAGUGUCUGUUUCCUGCUGCUUCAAGUUGGUUUCCCACUGGGAGGCUUCUGCUAACAGAAA